GAGGGAAGGCGCUCGCGGGGGGGAGGGGGGUGGGGAAAGGAGGGUCUCAGUCUUGCUGGAGCGAUGAUGCGGGCCCAAGAGGAGCCCUCCCCGGGGCACGGGAUGAAGCCCAGCCCCCAGCCUCAGGGAGCCGUCUACUCCCAGCCCGCCGAGGGACCGGAGGUGCCUGCGGACAAGGACGUGACGGGGUCCCCAAGCCGGGCCAUGCCCGAGCCCCCCGAGGGCGGCUGGGGCUGGGUCGUGAUGCUGGCGGCCAUGUGGUGCAACGGAUCGGUGUUCGGCAUCCAGAACGCGUGCGGGGUGCUCUUCGUGUCCAUGCUGGAGACCUUUGAUUCCAAAGACAACAAGGCGAUGGUAUUCAAGACAGCUUGGGUGAGUUCUCUGUCCAUGGGGAUGAUCUUUUUCUGCUGUCCUAUAGUGAGUGUAUUCACAGAUAUAUUUGGAUGUCGCAAAACAGCUGUUGCUGGGGCUGCUGUAGGGCUCAUUGGACUUAUGUCUAGUUCUUUUGUAAGCUCCAUCGAGCCUCUGUAUCUCACAUAUGGAAUUAUAUUUGCCUGUGGCUGCUCUUUUGCAUACCAGCCAUCGUUGGUCAUUUUGGGACAUUAUUUCAAGAAACGCCUGGGACUGGUGAAUGGCAUCGUUACUGCUGGCAGCAGCGUUUUCACAAUAUUACUCCCUUUGCUUUUAAGGGUACUGAUUGAUAAAUUGGGACUGUUUGAUACACUCAGAGUCCUGUGUAUCUUCAUGUUUGUCUUGUUUUUGGCUGGCUUUACCUACAAACCCUUACAUCCUAAUGCCAAAUAUAAAGACAGUGGGAAGAAAGGAGAGAAAAAAUUCUUUCUCUUUUCUAGGAGAAAGUUUAGUCCUCCCAGAAAAGUUUUUAAUUUCUCCAUCUUCAAGGUCACAGGUUAUUCAGUCUGGGCUUUUGGAAUCCCACUUGCACUUUUUGGAUAUUUUGUGCCUUACGUUCACUUGAUGAACCAUAUAAAAGAAAGAUUUGCAGAAGAAUCAAAUAAAGAAGUAGUCCUUAUGUGCAUUGGGAUCACUUCAGGAGUCGGAAGACUGCUCUUUGGCAGAAUUGCAGACUUUGUGCCUGGUGUUAAAAAAGUUUACUUGCAGGUAAUCUCCUUUUUAUUCAUUGGCCUGAUGUCUAUGAUGAUUCCACUGUGUAGUGUCUUUGGAGCACUCAUAGCCGUCUGCCUCCUUAUGGGUCUCUUUGAUGGAUGCUUCAUUUCCAUCAUGGCUCCUAUUGCCUUUGAGUUAGUUGGUGCCCAGGAUGUCUCCCAAGCCAUAGGAUUUCUGCUUGGAUUCAUGUCUAUACCUAUGACUGUGGGCCCACCCGUUGCAGGUUUACUCCGGGACCAUCUAGGUUCUUAUGAUGUGGCCUUCUACCUUGCUGGGGUCCCACCUCUACUGGGAGGAGCUGUGCUUUGUUCAGUCCCAUGGAUCCAUGAAAAAUGGAAACAAAAAGAAAUGAGCAUCAUCGGAGGGGAGAAGCUGGAGAAAAUGUUGGAGAAUCAGACCACUCUGCUCCCGAGCUCAUCUGGAAUCAUUAAGAAAGACUCUGAUCCUGGUUUUUAAUGCUCCAGGCUUCUGCCAGACUGGACUUGCUUUCCAAAGUUACAGCAAGUUUUCUUUUUUUAUGAAUUGGAAGUUUUUUUUUAAAAUAGCAUUAUGGAAAUAGCAUUAGAAUGGUAAAAGAAGAUCAUUACCAGGCAAGAACCCUUUCUUAUCAUUCAAGAGCUUUCUGAUGUUUCUGAGACCAAAGGCAGGGACUUUGGGACUAGAAAAAAAAUGACUUGAAAUCAAAUCACACUUGUCUAUGAGAGAAACAUUUAGGCAUCUCACAGGAAAAACAAAAUCUGGAAACUGAGAAAGCUAAAUAGUGUGUGUAAAGAAUAUACAAUACCUCAAGCUACACUGGAAGGGUUGCAGUCUGAUUAGGACUGGAAAUACUAUCAUACUGAUUAGUUCUGGUAUCUCUGUUUUGACUUCUUUUACUAUGUUAAAUAAUUAAAAAAGCAUAGAUAUUACUUCUCCAGAAGAUCGACACUUAAAUUCUAUGCUUUGCUGCUGAUAAAUUAUGAAAUGUGUUCACAUAAUAUCCUGAACUUGUUCCAGUGUGAAUUCCUGUUUUUGAGCCAAAUGAGGCCUUUUCUGGGGCAGGAGCUGAAAUGUAUGCACAUUCAAUAUGUGAGACACAAAUGUCUCCAAUGUUCCUAGGAGCAGUGGUACAGAAUUCAGCCAUUUCUUCCAUUUUAUCUUCCCUAUUAUGGGCUUACAGUGUGUUUUAACACUUGAAUAGCCUGUAAUUUGCAGGGUCUAAACAAACAAACCAACCCCAACCCAAAUUAAUUAAAGACUUUGAAUCCCAACCCUAAAGUACACUAGAAUGAAUUAGAGAGAACUUGAUAAUUUGUAUUUUAAAUUCUUUUGCUCGUCUGGGUCUGUUAGAUCCAAAAAGCUGACUCUUUUUUAGAUGCAUGUUAGGCAUGCACCAAGCUGCAGUUAUACGCACAAAUAGACAAAAUCUAGUAUUCAUGUAGACAGUCUCCGUUUCUAAUAGAAAUAGUUGCUUAAAUUCUCCUCCAGGAAUGUAAAAGGUCUGCUGUGACUCCAAAUUAUUUGUGAAACAAUCUUACAUACCCAUAACUGUCUGGAAAAAUAUAUUCAUAAUUAUUUGUCUGUCUUGGUUCCCUUUCUAUUAACAUUCCUUCUACUUCUGUCCUAAAAGUAAAAUCCUAACCAAUUCAUCCUUUAUUCACAUUAAAAACAAAAACAAAAAAGCUUUCUCUUUGACUUCAUUCAGGAUCAGUCUAUAUUUUUGUUUUUGUUCAAGUCAUUGCAAAUUAAUAUUCAAGAUGUACUUAAAUCCUAACUCUGUAUGCAAGUAAUUUGGGACACACGUUAAGAUCUUCCUUAGAGAUAGCUUUUGCACACCUGGGGAGAUUGCCUGUAUUUGCCAGAUGCCUUUCUUCCUUUCCCAAGUACUAUUUGGCUCUUUCUUUUUCUAAAUACUUCUCCAAUUAUUUGCCUGUCCUGGGGGAGAGGGAGAGGUUAGGAAGGGGAAAGUAAGAUGGGGUGAAGGGAGCAAGAAGAGUGAAAAUGGAUCCAGUUCUCCUCCUUUCUCACCUUAGGUACUAAAAAAGUAGUCUGGUAGUAGAAAAAUAUGGCUUGAAAUCAAAUCAAACUUGUCUGUGAGAGAAGGUAUAUUACUUCCACACCUUGCUUCUGGCUAGCAGAACUACCUGAAAGAAUGAGAAAUUGUAUGGGUGAUUUGUUACCUUUUGGGGGAGGGAGGUGCGGUUGUAAGCUGAAGUUUUGUGGAAAAUCCAGUAGCUUUCUUCUAUUUUUUUGGCAGUAGUUUGCUUGCUGUCUAGCAACUUAAAAAUUCAAAGUGCACCUAUUAAAUAUGAUAUCUAGUUUUAUUAGGAUUUUAAAUAAUUUAUAGCAUAAUGACAUUCUCUUAGUUAAGUUGAAACUUUCAUUCCUAUUAUAUAAUUAUUCAGUUACCUAUAUAAUUUGUCUGUGCAAAAUUCUGUUAAACAUUCUUGGUUUAUUUCUCUUUUUUCUCUAGGUCUUUAUAUUUCAGUUAAAAACAACCAAACAUAUACGCUUUGAUAAUACCGCCUUCUAAUACUUAUAGGUAGAGGUGUUUUAUAAUUAUGAGUAAUUGCAUAUAAAUUAACAAUCUUCUUAUUCAUGUCCUGUUAGGUAUUUUUGAGAAUGUGAAGCGGUACUUUCUUAUUAAAAAUGUUUUUGAGAGGUGUACAGAAACAUGAUCAAGACCAACCAUAAAGGUUGCCAAUAUAAAGCUUAUUUUCCAAUUACCAUAAUAUUUGAGCACAGUCUAAAAAGUUUUAUACCAAGCAAGAGUUCACUGGUCAGUUUUUACAAAGUAAUUAAAUAUCUGCAAAACAGAAAAUUCACUCCAUAAGAGCUUCAAAACCUUUUAUUUUACAAUUCAGCUGGUUUUGGAGAAAGAAGUAGUUGACUAAAACCUGAAAAAAUGGUGAGGUGUUUUUGGUUGCCAUUUUCCAUAUUAUAAAACAGCUAAAUGACUUAAAUGUUCGUAAUAAAAAGAAUAAGUUUUCAGCAA